AUGGUCAACGCUCAGCUCCGGGCCAAAUAUAGGGAAGUUCGUCGGCCCACAAAAGGAAAGGAGUUGUUGGCCGAACCAGAGCCGGUACCGUGCAGUCGGUGCAAGUAUGAGAUCGGUCAGCUCAGACCGCUACAGAACAAAAGGAAGGCCGCCGAGCCAUCUCAACCGACUAUGAGGAAAUUUGGCGGCCAGUGCGACCGUUGGCCAGCAAGAAGAGUUGUUUUCAACCGACUAGGGGCACGAAGCCCCAGUACCUCGGCGGGCCACAAAGACGAAGCCACUCCUAGGCCAGUGAAGACUUUCAAACCACCGGCCGUACGAGAUGACCGUUGGUAUCAUGCACGACCUGGGGGCAGCACCGAACCGCUGACAAAAACCCAGCUGAGAAGGAUGCAGAGACAAGUUCAGAAGGCCAGGAUAGAGACGGCCCAGGUCGAGGGAUUAAAACGCCAAAAGAAGAUGGCGACUGCAGACGAGCCGCCAUCCGCGCCAAUCGUUCCCCUUACAGCGAAGGUUGCCAGCAUCAAGCCUCCAAGGACGUGGCGCCCUAGGCAGGACGGUUACCCCCGCGGAAUGACAGCCGUUUCAGUCGAGCCAAAGGCCGCGGCCCUGGAGGAAACGGAUGAAGGUAUCAUCGACGUCUACCACGGAAGGGACCCCCCUUUUUCGGCCAACGAUUUGUCCUUUCUCAUGGAAUUCCAUAAGGACCACUUGGCCAUCAACCUAUACGGCAUGACCCCCGAAAACCGUGAAAUCGUGGAGUUGGCUCUCAAAAAGCUAAGGCAGAGAGGGUCCUUAUUACCCGCGAAUCUAACUCAGCCAUUAAGGCCGUAUACCAGGCAAACCGAGAGGCCAGGGCAAGAGGGAUGCCAGGAUACCGACCUGAGGCCCUUUUAG